CGGAUCCCAAUAGGUGGUCGGGCAGGGGCCACGCCCCCAACCGCGGCGCCGCUGUAGUUUCCGGAGUAAGAUGGCCGCAGUGCGCGUGCUGCGGACCUGGAGCCAGAGAGCCGGGCGGCUGGUUUGCGUUCGCUACUUUCAGACACGGAGUGAUGUUCGUGCUUUGAAACCCAAAUAUGUGUGUUUCUUCGGCCACCCUUCCUUCAAGGCUAGCCAUCCGCACCGACCUCUGAAAACAACUGCUGGUCAACGGGGACAGAUUGUUCAGUUCAAACUCUCAGACAUUGGAGAAGGCAUUAGAGAAGUAACUGUCAAAGAAUGGUUCGUGAAGGAAGGAGACACCGUGUCUCAGUUCGACAGCAUCUGUGAAGUUCAGAGCGACAAAGCUUCUGUUACCAUCACCAGUCGUUACGAUGGAGUCAUUAAGAAACUGUACUAUAACCUAGAGGACACAGCCUAUGUGGGGAAGCCACUCGUCGACAUAGAAACGGAAGCUUUAAAAGAUUCCGAGGAGGAUGUGGUGGAGACGCCCGCCGUGUCCCAUGACGAGCACACUCACCAGGAGAUAAAAGGCCACAAGACGCUGGCCACCCCGGCGGUGCGCCGCCUGGCCAUGGAGAACAACAUUAAGCUGAGUGAAGUUGUUGGCUCAGGAAAAGAUGGCAGAAUACUCAAAGAAGAUAUUCUCAACUUUUUGGAGAAGCAGACAGGAGCCAUAUUACCUCCUUCACCGAAAGCCGAAAUUAUGCCACCUCCACCGAAACCAAAAGACAAACCUCUUCCUACCCCAGUAGCAAAACCUGUGGUAUUCACAGGCCAGGACAGAACAGAGCCCGUAACAGGCUUUCGGAAAGCGAUGGUCAAGACCAUGACCGCAGCCCUGAAGAUCCCGCACUUCGGGUACUGUGACGAGGUCGACCUCACCGAGCUGGUUAAGCUGCGAGAAGAACUGAAACCCGUGGCUUCUGCUCGCGGCAUUAGACUCUCCUUCAUGCCCUUCUUCAUGAAGGCCGCCUCCCUGGGAUUGCUGCAGUUCCCCAUCCUCAAUGCCUCGGUGGACGAGAGCUGCCAGAAGGUCACCUACAAGGCGUCUCACAACAUCGGGGUGGCCAUGGACACCGAGCAGGGGCUGAUCGUCCCGAACGUGAAGGACGUCCAGGCGCGCUCCGUGGUGGACAUCGCGGCGGAGCUGAACCGCCUCCAGAAGCUGGGCUCCACGGGGCAGCUCAGCACCGCCGACCUCACGGGGGGCACCUUCACCCUCUCCAACAUCGGCUCCAUCGGCGGUACCUACGCCAAAGCAGUGAUCCUGCCGCCCGAAGUCGCCAUUGGGGCUCUUGGGUCAAUUAAGGCCCUUCCUCGGUUCAACCAGAAGGGAGACGUGUAUAAGGCGCAGAUCAUGAACGUGAGCUGGUCGGCCGAUCACAGAGUCAUCGACGGGGCCACCAUGUCGCGCUUCUCCAACCUGUGGAAGUCCUACUUGGAAAACCCAGCGUCCAUGCUGCUGGACCUGAAGUGAAGACCGGACGUCCCCAGCUGUUGGAGCUUCCAAAGAGAAUAGAGCCUCGCUGUGCCGCGCCCCAUGGCAGUCCGCGUCGUGCCCGUUGUGUUGGAUGAUUAAAUUCUGAGGCGCCACGCUUCCCCCUGCUCUGACACCCUCUCCUGCAAGCGAGGAACAGUGGCUGGUUCUUCCGCGGCUAUAGUCACAUUGUAUAGGUCAUGGUGUUAGUUCUUAAUGGUGCUGAGGCCGCUGUGUCAAUGGAUUGAAACUGCCAAGAACAACACAAUUUGUGUCCCUGGAAGACAGGUAGCCAUAGAUAGUAUCUGCCCUAUUCCUUUCCUUCUCUUCUCUUCUCUUAAACUGACUCAGUGAAACUUUUUGAUUACACUAAGUAGGGAAAAGGACUGUGUACAAAAAUACCUUCCAUUCCCCACAGUAAUGCAAUUGCUGUAUAAACUAAGUGCAAUUAUACUUUGGAUCUAAGAUACCCAGGGGUAUGUUACUGUGCAAAGGUCAUCGGCGUCAAUGCCUUAUUUAUGUAAAUUAGUAUCUUUUAAAGGGGGAGAUUGUAAGUGGAUCUUAAUGCCCAGUUACAUUUUAUAACCAGUGUGUGGCUCAGUGGUUGAGUGUCGACCUACGAACCAGAAGGUCAUGGUUCAGCCCCAGUCAGGAUACAUGCCCAGGUUGCCGUCCCAGUGUAGGGCAUACAGGAGGCAGCCGAUUGAUGAUUCUCUCUCAUCAUUGAUGUUUUCUCUCUCCCUCUCCUUUCCUCUCUGAAAUAAAAAGUAUUUAGAAAAGAAAAGGAGAGAGUAAGAGAGAGAGAGGAGUCAAAUGGGUAAUUAUGGACAUUAAAAUAAAUUUCAUAUAGAAAUGAAGAUAUCAUUUGGUAGAGGCCUACUUUAAUCAGAAAUAGCAUCAUGAUGAAUACAAUCCAACAUUGUGAUUUGAUUCAGAAAUUUAGUUGUUGCAAAUGUCUAAAGAACUUCCAAGUGUUACAUGUUAGAAAAAAAUUGUUUUAACAUGUACUUGAUUUUACAUGUUAAUAAUGGAAGUAAUGUUUAAAUUAGAAAACAAUAGCUUGGCCUUGGCCAGGGAGCUCGGUUGGUUGGAACAUUGUCCCCAUACACCAAGGUUGUGGGUUCAAUCCCCGGUCAGGGUACGUGCAAGAGGCAGCCAAUGAAUGCAUAAGUCAGUGGAACAAAUGUUUCCCUCUCUCUCUUUCCCCCUUCCUCUCUCUAAAAAUCAAUAAAUAAUAAAGAAAAAUAAAUUAAUGAAUCAACUGAAUGUCGUUAUAUUUUAAAUUCAGAUAAUAUGAAGAGUUGCAAAGAAAAUAAAGCAUCCAUAAUCCUACCACUAUGAACAUGUUGACAAUGUAUCUAUAUACAUAGCAAUUCUUUAUAAAAAUGGGGUCAUUCUAUACUAUUUUAUAAUUUUUUAAAAUUUAACAUAUAGGUAACUUUAGAUGUCAAUAAACACUUCUACAUUAUCAUACAUUUAAAUGGCUGCAAA